AUGCUGGAUCAGGACUCGAAUUCAGACGGAGAUCUAAAGCUUCAAGAUUCUUCUGAGGAGAUUAUUGGACCUCAAGACUCGAUUGCAAACCCUCAACUUCCACCACUGGAAGAUUACCAUAUUAGAGAGGAUGACGAUGAUAUUACCAGCUCGGACGAGGAUACUGAGGGGCAUCGUGACUCGUCGUUCAGAAGUUGGUUUUCCAGAUCAAGACAUCAUAAACCUAUCAGUGAAAGCGUGAGUCCCGUGAAGCUGGACCCAUCAUCGUCAUCGGAAUGUGCCAUUGCCGAGGGCACGCCUAACCGCUCUGGCAGUAGCUCAUCAUUCAGAAAGGGGUUCAGAUCAUUAUUUAGAAGAGAUUCUGGAAACGAAGAUGUCCUUACAGAAACACCUAAGGAUGGCUUAAGCAAAUCGGAUGACGAAAAAGGAACUGGGGAAGAUAACGAAGGUCUGCCUGAGACAUCGACGAACAGCAAAUUUUGGAGAUCUUGGAGAAGCGGCCACCACCAUCAUCAUCGUCAUCGUCAUCGUCACUCUCCAGAAGCCUGCGAACCCAUGUGCACUGGUGGGGAGGCUGAUCCGGAGACUUUGAGAAAUCCAAGUUUGGAUGUGGGAUCCAUGAUCUCACAUGAAGAGAAGCGUCAAAAGAACAUGGCGAAAUUAGCAGAUCAGCUAGAGGAUAUAUCAGCGAAUCCAUCACCAGAGCGAGACCUUGUCCGUCCAGAUAAUGUGUCUACUCCAGAGCAGAAGAGUUCUGAUGUUGAAUCCACCCAGUCUGACGCCAGUACAUCAAGCUCCGUUGAGAGGGCCUUGAACGUCAGAGAAAGAGUUGGACUGGUAUUUUCAGCUUCUUCUGCAGAUAAUGGUAGACAGAAACAGGAAGAAAUAUCUCCGUUGACGCCGCCGGGCGAUGUACUGGAGAAUCCCUACAAAUACGUUUUCGAUCAAAAAGAUGAUCCUAUUUCUAUAUUAGCACAGGACGCAACCCUUCUGUACAAGUAUUGCAAAACUUUCGACAAUUUCGACAGUGCUUUAAAAUUGCUGACAAGAAAUGCUAAAGGACUGAACUUUAGUGAUGACCACUCAAGCAUGACAUUAUCCGAAAUCAGCAACGAAGUCCUAGACUUCAUAAGACAUGAGAUGUUAAGCCAUGAUCGCUCGGUCAAAAAAAACGAGGUUAUGGCCAGUGAUUUAACUUCUCUUCAAAAGCAGAUUGAAUCUUUACGGGCUGAUUGCGAGGCAAAGGAUGCCAAAUCUGCAGGGCUUCAGGAAGCAUUGAAUGCCGCUAACGUCAAAAUUAGGAAAAUGGGCGAUGAUUUGGAAGAAGCAGCGCAAGAGGUUGACAUGCUUGCUCAGGAAGUGGAAAGUUACAAGGGCCAGAUUCAGGAGAUAAAACUGCAUGAAAGAAAAGCCAUCGAGGAAUCGGAGAUCAAAAUUGCCCAAAUAAACGAGGAUAAAGAAUCCAGUCUAAAGGAUAAUACAGAAGUCUUGAAGGAGAAUACUUUCUUGAAAGAGAGAAUUGAUGAAUUAGAAAAAGAGCACAAAGCCUUAAUCUUCGACCACGAAAUGUUGCAGGAAAAGCACAGCACGACUACAGCAAGAUUAGCUGAUUUAGUUGGAAGUUAUAAUAAAGGGCAGGGCCAAGAAAGAAAUAUGCGAGAUAACCUAGAAGCCACAGGCACCAAGUUACGCCGAUACGAGAACACGAUAGAGAUACUGAAAAUCGGAAACUUGAAGAUUCAGGAAAACUUCCACCGAGAAAGGCGAAAGGUACUCGAUUUACGACAGGAAGUGAAUUAUCUCAGAAAGCAAUUACAGUUUAUUGAGUGCCACAGGUCCCAGUCACUACAGUUCAUGUCUCAUCUGAUGUUCUACUACAGGGGCAUUGUAACAGAUGACACAUUGGCAGAAUAUGAUGUGUAUCUAAAGAAGCUGAGUGCUUCGGACUUUUUACCCAGAACAGUCCAUUUGACAGAUGAUGAGAUGAAAGCUCAUUUCAAAGAGCGAGAAGCGCUUGUGGUAAAGUUUUACAAUGAUAUCGCCAAGCGAUCAUUCCUCGAUCAAGUGGUCUCGAAGCAUGUGUCCUACAUGCGUUCGAACAAAUUCCUAAGCAGCCAACUUGCCGGGUUGAGAAAACACAUCGACGAAUACGAACAGUACGUAGGCCGGCUGCUUAAGGAAAUUUUAACUCAUAAGAAUUUGGAGGAGAAAAACGAGCAAAAAAUCGCCCUCCUGAAGGAGAAGAAUAAUGAGUAUAAAUCCAAGCUCUCUCAGAUAGCUAAUUGA